UUAAUAAAUGGUUUAAUUUAGAGUUUUGGCAUUAAGCCUCAAUUCCUAUAGAGCAGACCAUGAAUAUUCUAGCCGGUCAUGGUUGAGCGGGAAUAUUGGAACCUUGGGAGAGAGAAUUAGAAGAGAGAAUUAGAGAAACUGAACUUAAUAUAUCCACCUUAAGAGAGAUGGAGGCUGAAAUGGCGAUCAAUAUCCUCUUCUCCUCCUUUUCAAUGCUACUGAUCUUAGUCUUAGCAAAGGUUGGAGGAGGCCAUGCCCUGUGCGGUGUAUCAAGGUGCAGUGACUAUGGCCCCGCCAUUAGGUUCCCAUUCAAGAUCAAAGACCAACAGCCAGACAAUCAGUGUGGCUAUCCCGGGUUCGAGCUAUCUUGCAACGACAACAACCAAACAGUGCUGGAGCUUCCCUUUUCAUUGAAGGUAUUGGUCAAGAAAAUUGAUUAUACAUCUCAACUCAUACAUAUCUAUCAUGAUUAUAAUGAUCCAAAAAGCUGCCUUGCCAACCUCAGCCUCCCUGUCUCUCCUUUCCACUUCAAGGAUUAUUUCUACCCGUAUGACUUUGCCUUGUUCAAUUGCUCUGCACCAGAUAGGGAUCGAGGGUACUUGGUCCCUUGCCUUGAUGUCCCCGGCUACCAUGUUUAUGCCGUUGAUUCCUCCGUGGAAAUAGAUUACUAUUCCUUGACAUCUUGCUCCAAGAUUGCCGCUAAUAUUUCCUCCGUUCCUUAUGACUUUUUUAGCCAGAACUUUAGAACUCAACUCAAUUGGUCCACACCAAAUUGUGGGAAAUGUGAAUCACAAGGCAAGAUUUGUAGUUUCAAGAACUACACAGGGGGAUAUGAAAUUCAAUGUUCGGAAGAAUCCCAAGGUGUAUCAUCAACAGCAAUGCUAUUAAUUAGAGGUUCAAUCUUAGGUCCCUUUUUUCUUGUGGUGGUUGCAUCUCUACUCUAUCGUUUCCAUACCAUGAAUAAAAUGGAGAAAGAGAACCAAGUAAAGAUUGAGAAGUUUUUGGAGGACUAUAGAGCUCUCAAGCCUACAAGAUACUCUUAUGCUGAUAUUAAGAAGAUCACAAAUCAAUUUGAGGAGAAACUAGGACAAGGAGGUUACGGAACUGUAUUCAAAGGAAAACUUUCCAAUGAAAUUCUUGUUGCUGUUAAGGUCCUUGACAAUUCCACAGGGAAAGGGGAAGAUUUCAUUAAUGAAGUGGGAACAAUAGGUAGAAUCCACCACGUCAAUGUUGUUCGCCUAGUGGGGUUCUGUGCUGAUGGAUUCAAACGAGCACUUGUUUAUGAGUUCUUACCAAAUGAUUCAUUACAAAAGUUCCUGUUUACCGAAAAACAAAAAAAACAUUCACUUAGUUGGGUGAAGCUGCAAAAUAUUGCUCUAGGCGUAGCCAAGGGAAUUGAAUAUCUUCACCAAGGGUGCGAUCAACGAAUACUUCAUUUUGAUAUUAAGCCUCAUAAUAUCUUGCUAGACCACAACUUCAAUCCAAAAGUCUCAGAUUUUGGGCUAGCAAAGUUGUGUUCCAAGGAAAAAAGUGCAGUUUCUAUGACAGCAGCCAGAGGGACCGUAGGCUAUAUUGCCCCUGAAGUUUUUUCUAGGAAUUUUGGAAAUGUCUCAUAUAAAUCGGAUGUUUAUAGCUUCGGGAUGUUGCUACUUGAUAUGGUGGGGGUGAGGAAGAAGGGUGAUGUUACAGUAGAGGAUUCCAGCCAAACAUACUUUCCAGAAUGGAUUUAUAAUCGCUUGCGUGAAGGAGAAGAGCUAGGGAUGCACAUUGAAGAAGAGGAAGAUGCCAAGAUAGCAAAGAAAUUGACUAUUGUUGGGUUGUGGUGCAUUCAGUGGUACCCGGUGGAUCGCCCUGCCAUGAACAUUGUAGUACAAAUGCUGGAAGGGGAAGGAGAUGGUCUGACCAUGCCCCCAAGUCCUUUUGCUUCAACAGCUCAAAUGAAUAGAACAACCAUGCCUGCAAGAGCUUUUGAAAUAGAGUUAGAAGUUAUUUCUGAAGUAGAGUGACUAUAGUAAAUUUGAUGUUUAUGAUGCUAUUAGUAUUUGUAAUGGGUAGGUACCAUGUAUUGUGUGUACUCAUUCAUGAGUGAAAUGGCAAGCCCAUUGCCAUCUAAGGAGAUUUGGAAUAAUUUGUUCUGUAAUAAUUUCUUAUUUCUUUUUAGCUAGCUAUGCUUCUAUUUC